AUGGCAGCAGCAACCGCAGCAGUCGGACUCGCCAGCGCCGCGGCCCUUUCAGCCUAUCUCAACGCCAAGUUCCACCUGGGGAAGGACUUGACCCAUAUCUACUACCAGCACCGCGGGGAACGCUACCAGGCACGACUGAAGGCGCAGAACAGGAUCAACAUCUGGGCGACCUUUUGCGAGAACGCCGACAAGUUCGCGGACGGGGACUGCAUCUGGUACUCCGACCCCGCGACCAGUCCGCCCACGGUCCAUACCUACACCUGGCGCGAGGCACGCGACUAUGCCUGCCGCUACGCGCAGUGGUUCUUGGACGCCAACGUCCGACCCGGCGACUGCGUCGGGUUCUACCUGCAGAACAGCCCGGAUUUUGUGCUCGGGUGGCUCGGCCUGCUGGCCAUCGGGUGCUACCCGGCGAUGAUCAACUACAACCUCGUCGGCGGCGCGCUCGUGCAUUGCGUGAAGAUCGCAGAAUGCAAGGUCCUGCUUGUCGACGAAGACUUCCGAGACCGGGCGUUGCAGAAUGAGGAGUUGCAGCAGCUGGGGGUCCGGAUGCAUGUCGUUGACCGCGAAUUCAGGGCGCGGCUGUCGAGAAUCCCAGCCGAGAUGCCCAGCGCAGAGUAUGCAAAGGAUGUGGGCGAGAAGACGAGACUCGCAUUGCGCUACACGAGUGGCACGACCGGGUACCCGAAAGGUGUCAUGGCCACGGUCGGUCGAUACUACGCACGGCUUGCCAGCCAAUUCACCCAGAUGGGCAUCCACCCCCUGCAAGCGGACGGUUCGGGGGAUCGCUGGUACAUCUGCAUGCCCAUGUGCCACUCCACGGCCGGGUCGGCGGUGAUCAUCUGCAUGAUCAUGCCGACGACGUUGUGUAUAGGGUCAAAAUUCUCGGCCUCGCGCUUCUGGGACGAGGUCCGGACGUCGCGCUCCACGAUGGCCACCUACGUCGGCGAGAUCGCCCGCUAUCUCCUCGCUCUGCCACCCUCGCCGUUGGACCGCCAGCAUGCCCUGCGCAUGGUGUACGGCAACGGCAUGAGGCCCGACGUGUGGGGCCGCUUCCAGGAGCGAUUCGGCAUCCCCAAGGUGUGCGAGUUCUACGGCUCCACCGAGGGCGGGCUGUCGCACCUCAACAUCCAGCAGGGCGACUUCCUCCGCGACGCCGUGGGCCACGACGGGUUGCUCCGCCGGUGGCAGCUGCAGGGCGAGAUGGUGCCGGUGCAGGUCGAUGCCGAGACGAACGAGAUCGUGCGCGACCCGGCGACCGGGUUCGCGCGCCGCAUGCCGUACCGCGUCGGCGGCGAGCUGCUGUUCCGGCUGGCCUCGGAGGCGGGCUUCGUGGGCUACUGGCGCAACCCCGAGGCGACGGACAAGAAACUCGCGCGCGACGUCUUCCGCCCGGGCGACCUGUGGUACCGCACGGGCGACUCGCUGCGGCGCGACACCGACGGCCGGUGGUCGUUCCUCGACCGCCUGGGCGACACGUUCCGGUGGAAGGGCGAGAACGUGGCCACCGCCGAGGUGUCCGAGUGCCUGGGCCGGUACCCCGGCGUGAUUGACGCCAACGUCUACGGCGUGCAGGUCCCGAACCACGACGGCCGAGCGGGCUGCGCGGCGCUGAUGCUCGACCCGGAGGCGGCGCGGGGGUUUGACCUUGCGGGACUGCUGAAACACGCGCGAAGGGACCUCCCCGGGUUCGCCGUGCCGCUGUUCCUGCGCAUCGUGCCGACCGGCUCGCUGAACUCGAUGGGCCUGAAGCAGGAAAAGGUCCAGCCACGCGCCGAGGGCGUCGACCCGGCCAAGGUGCGCGGCGAUCGGCUCUACGUGCUGCGAGGGGACCGCUAUGUCGUCUUCUCGGCCGCGGACUGGGCCGAUCUGGCCACGGCGAGGGCAAGGCUGUGA